AUGAAGUUACGCUCGAUAGCGGGGAUGUGCGUGUUUGUCUACUUGUGGAGAGAUCGAUGGCGACAGCGUAAUCAAUUGGUACCCAAGACUUGGCCAUAUUUCGGUAAUCUCUUCGAAAUGCGAACGAAUGCCGCACGACUUUAUGACUGGGUCUAUGAGUACAUGAGCAAAUCGCCCACCGGAACUGUUGAGGUUUCUAUUGGUACUCUGAGAGCUAUAAUGGUGGGUCGGCCUGACAUUGUAGAGCAUAUUUUGAAGACGAGGUUCAACAAUUACAUCAAGGCAAGAGCUAUGUCCCAUGAGAUUCUGGGAACUGGAAUCCUUAACGCUGAUGGUGACGUUUGGAAACAGCAUCGAAAGCUUGCCAGUUAUGAAUUCUCGUCGAUCAAACUCAGGGAGGUCAGCACGGAGGCCUACCGUGAGCUUGCCCUCCGUCUUCUAACAUUUUUGGACACGGUCGCUGACUCUCAUAAGCAAGUAGACAUACAGGACCUGUUUUUGCGCAUGACAAUGGACGGUAAAAUCGGUUUCGGUGUGGACCAGCACACUUUGAGUCCAGACUUACCAGAAGCUAAGUUUGCAAAUGCAUUUGAUAAACUCGCAGAGUUGUCCAUUCAACUCUCAAAUCGUAGUGUUUUGAAUAACGAUAAGCACGAUUUGUUGUCAAGAUUUUUGAGUAGUAAAGAUCAGAAUGGAGAACCGUUGUCUGAUAAGGUGUUACGGGAUGCUACCGUGAACUUUCUUCUCGCCGGAAGGGAUACAACUGCUCUUACUUUAGGUUGGUUCAUGUACUUGCUUUCCUGCAACCCUGAGGUUGCCCAGAAAGGAACUCGUAAUUUUUCGAACUUCGCAAAUUCUCUUACUUUCGACGCUCUUGGAAAACUCCAUUAUAUUCACGCUACUUUGAGCGAAAGUUUAAGACUGUAUCCACCUAUUCCUUGGGAUGGAAAGUUUGCGGUAGACGAUGACGUUCUACCUGACGGCACAAUCGUGAAAAGGGGCGAGGUAGUCGUAUACGUCCAAUAUGCCAUGGGCAGGAUGGAACUUCUCUGGGGUCCAGAUGCUUCGCAGUUUCGACCAGAGCGAUGGUUGAAAGACAAUGUCUAUCAACCUGAAUCGCCAUUUAAAUUUUCUGCUUUUCAGGCGGGCCCACGAAUUUGUCUGGGGAAAGACACUGCGUACUUACAGAUGAAGAUGACUGCGGCGUUGCUAAUUCGAUUUUUCCGAAUCCAGGUCGUGCCCAACCAAGAUGUAGCUUAUCGCGUGAGUUUAGUAUUGGCAAUCCGUGACGGGUUACAGGUCACCGUGCAGCGUAGGUAG